CGGGCUUGGGCGCCAGAGGCGGAGUCGGGGAGGCGGUGGCUCCAGAGAUGGCAGUGAGCGAGAGGAGGGGGCUCGGCCGCGGGAGGUGGGGGCAGCGGCUACUUCUGCUGUUGCUGUUGGGCGGCUGCUCCGGGCGCAUCCACCGGCUGGCGCUGACGGGGGAGAAGCGAGCAGACAUCCAGCUGAACAACUUCGGUUUCUACACCAACGGCUCCCUGGAGGUGGAGUUGAGCCUCCUGCGGCUGGGCCUCCGGGAGGCAGAAGAGAAGUCCCUGCUGGUGGGGUUCAGUCUCAGCCGGGUUCGAUCUGGCAGAGUUCACUCCUAUUCAACCCGGGAUUUCCAGGACUGCCCUCUCCAGAAAAACAGUAGCAGCUUCCUGGUCCUGUUCCUCAUCAACACCAAGGAUCUGCAGGUCCAGGUGCGGAAGUAUGGAGAGCAGAAGAAGUUGUUUAUCUUUCCCGGGCUCCUCCCCGAAGCGCCCUCCGGACCAGGGCUCCCAAAGCCACAGGCCACAGUCCCCCGCAAGGUGGAUGGCGGAGGGACCGCUGCAGCCAGCAAGCCCAAGUCCACACCCGCAGUGCCUCAGGGUCCUAGCGGGAAGGACAAGGAGCUGGUGUUAGGCCUGAGCCACCUCAACAACUCCUACAACUUUAGUUUCCACGUGGUGAUCGGCUCUCAGGCGGAAGAAGGCCAGUACAGCCUGAACUUCCACAACUGCAACAAUUCAGUGCCGGGAAAGGAGCAUCCAUUUGACAUCACGGUGAUGAUCCGGGAGAAGAACCCCAAUGGCUUCCUGUCGGCGGCGGAGAUGCCCCUUUUCAAGCUCUACCUGGUCAUGUCCGCCUGCUUCCUGGCCGCCGGCAUCUUCUGGGUGUCCAUCCUCUGCAGGAACAUGUAUAGCGUCUUCAAGAUCCACUGGCUCAUGGCGGCCUUGGCCUUCACCAAGAGCAUCUCUCUCCUCUUCCACAGUAUCAACUACUACUUCAUCAACAGCCAGGGCCACCCCAUCGAAGGCCUUGCCGUCAUGCACUACAUCACCCGCCUGCUGAAGGGUGCUCUUCUCUUCAUCACCAUCGCCCUGAUCGGCUCAGGCUGGGCCUUCAUCAAGUGCGUCCUGUCGGAUAAGGAGAAGAAAGUCUUUGGGAUUGUGAUCUCCAUGCAGGUCCUGGCCAACGUGGCCUACAUCGUCAUCGAGUCCCGCGAGGAGGGCGCCAGCGACUACGUGCUGUGGAAGGAGAUUUUGUUCCUGGUGGAUCUCAUCUGCUGCGGCGCCAUCCUGUUCCCCGUAGUCUGGUGA